AUGUUUAAUGAUGAUCAAGUAGUGAAAAGAUCAUUAAACGAUGCUGUAAUAAGUUCAAAUCGUGUUGCUGCCGGAACAGGUAUUAAAGGAUCGGCCUCAAAUCAACUCUGGGGUCCUUUUGGAAUCUUUAUCGAUGUGACUUUGAGUUUAUAUGUGGCAGAUUGUUUAAAUCACCGUGUUCAGUUGUUCCAGUCGGAAGAAUCCAUCGGGAUUACAGUGGCUGGAAGUAAAUCACUAAAUCCAACAAUUGAACUUCGUUGUCCAAGUAGAAUUAUAUUAGAUGCUGAGAAAUAUUUAUUCAUUAUGGAUAGUAGUGAUGAUCGCAUUGUUGGUUCAGACUUGAAUGGUUUUCGAUGUUUAGUUGGAUGUUAUGGAAAGGGUUCACAAUCCAAUCAAUUGAAUUAUGCAUCUGAUUUUACUUUCGAUCGCUCUGGAAACAUGUUUGUUGCUGAUACAAUAAAUCAUCGAAUUCAAAAGUUUUUAUUGAUGAAAGAUUCUUUUGGUAAGUUGAAUGAAAUGAAGAGAUGUGAAUAA